AUGGUAAAAUUAACAGUUCCGCUGAUCGAGAAAAAAUAUUUGCAGCAACAAUCAUGCAAAUCUCUGACAAGAGAAAUAGAUAAACACCAUUUGAAGAAAAUAAGUCAUAUUUUUAUGAACGAGCAGAACAUCGAUGAAAUCGACGAUUUCAGCGUUUGCAAAAAUUUAAGGGUCAUUUACCUUCAAAGAAAUAUCAUCGAAAAAAUAGAAAAUAUUGAUUUUGCCAAAAACUUGACUCAUCUUUACCUGCAACACAAUAAAAUAACAAAAAUUGAAAAUCUCGGCAAUCUGGUUAACUUGAAAAAGUUAUACUUAGGAUACAACAGCAUCGCUAUUGUCGAAGGUUUGGAAAAAUUGACGAAUUUAUCAGAGUUACACAUCGAAAAGCAAAAAUUAGAUGGUGACAAAUUUUUGCGCUUUCAUCCAAGAAGUAUUAAAACUUUAUCUUAUUGUUUGGUGCACUUGAACAUCUCAGAUAAUAAAAUCACGAAUUUAAGUGAUAUCAAUCAUUUAAAAAAGUUGACUACAUUGGAGGCACAAGACAACUUGAUUAAUGACAUAUACUACUUGACUAAAACAGUUAGUAGCUUGAGGCAGCUGGAAAAUCUGUUUUUACAAGGCAACCCUGUGACGAAAACUUACCGAUAUCGGGAAAAUAUCAUCGGCAACAGCUACUCUUUGGUCAUCUUGGACAACAAGGUUGUAUCUGAAAAUUCGCGAGAGUUCUUACAGAGAUUCAAAGUUGAAAAAUUGAAGUAUCAUCACAAGACUUUCAAUGGCAAGGAAUCGCAAUCCAACGCUGAUACGUGA